AUGGGGUGCGGUACCUCCGACGAUCCGAAGAUGAACGCCGCCUGCGCCGACGUACAGUCCUUGGACGAGAUUCUCUAUCACGAAGACGACCUUCGCUCCUUUCGCUGCUGCUCCGUGUCAGGUCUACACUCCUGUGUGAAUGCCGUUCGGCGUCGCCAGCGCGCCAUCCCCGCCGCCGCCGCCAUGUCGCCGCUCGCCCGCUCGCUGCUCGCUCUCACCGCGCUCUUCGUCGCCGUUGACGCAAAUGUUUGGGAUCCAUACGGACACGAACAGGGCUGUGCUGGAUUUAACAUGGCGGUUCUUGGAGCUAUUGAGCCCCAACAGGAAGUCAAAUUCGACAUAACAGUCCCUACUAGUGAAAACAUUCACGAUAUACCCAACCGUUGCUCCAAGAUCGGUGGCAUAGUUCAGUUCCAGAGUGUGGAAGUGUGCAACGCUUACAAAGGUCUGACGUCAUCAGCACGAAAAGUGCCUAAAGUAACUUAUUUGAGAGAAGACACCUUAUCACCAAUAUACGCGUCUUGCGAAGGCGCUGCCGAGUGCGGGCCUCUCGUGAUUCAUGUUAACCAGGCAUGCAACCCCACGCCUCUUAUUGCACAUAUGUGAGCAUACUACUCAUCCACAGACAACCGCAACUAUGCUAGAUGGAGCACAUAAGAUAAUUGAGGACACCAUACAAAAGCGCUUCCGUACAAUAUUAGUAUGGGAGUGCGA